AUGAGGCUUCACGGUAUCUUAGAGACCGUCUGCGCUCGGGGUGCGAGAGGGAGGACAAGAAAGCGUUGGUCGUUGACGGGGAAUGGGGACGUUCUCGUUAAAUCUUUCUACAACUUUCUCAUCGAUGGGGGGACGAGAUGUCCGGUGGCAAAGUUCUUUUGGCAUUGCGCUUGUCCAAGAAAGAUCAAUCUCUUUAACUGGCUUGCGUGGAAGAACAAAAUUCUUUCCUUGGACAAUCUUGUCUUAAGAAAAUGUAAUAAACUUCCUACUGCCACUUGUGUCAUGUGUCAUUCCGACAUUGAAACGGUUGACCACCUUUUCCUUACCUGUUCUUUCACUAGGCGGAUAUGGGAUUACUUUACUCAUCUGUUUCGCCUUCCAGAACCUCCAGGGCUGAUGUCCAGCCUUUGGGGUCCUUGGAGGUUGGCUGUGCAGCCUGCUGCUAGAGACUUCUGUGAUUUACUUGUUAAAGCCCUUGUGUGGAAUGUUUGGCUUGUUAGGAAUGAUAUUAUAUUUAAUGCCACUGUUGUGCCUGUCUUUGCUAUUAUUCUCAAGAUUGAUCGCAUGCUUUUGUCUUGGUUCUCAAAUUGCUCAGUUAACUUCAUUGGGAAGAUUGAGGAGCCCAUGAAGAGUAUCAGUCACAGUUUGGAGUUCAUCGGUUCUCGAUCAGUAGGGGCCACUUCUGAGGUCGGGUCGGAUGCUACUCCUGCCGCGGAGGUGCAGCUCUUGUCUUCUGAGUAG